AUGCCGGCUUCUAUAGGAAUUGAGGCGGUCCAUAAUGCAUCCCAGUACAGACUGGAAGUGAUCCAACAGCCGGAAACAGCCAAAACGUUGGAGAGUCGGAAGAAAUACUCCAGGGGCCCUAUUGAGCCUUACCCAGCCGUUCAGGUAAUUCCAGGCGAGGCUAGGGACCUCCCAUCGCUGGCAAGUCCAUAUGUCAUGGUUUUUGUGACUGCCGAAGAGGUGGAGGUUGACUACGAGGAAAUCUUUCGUUUCAAGCCGUUGUUCGAAGAGCCGAAUCGGCCACUGCUGCAAGGGGAACGCGCUCGCUCGCAAUAUUUGGUGAUGAAGCAUGAGUGCGUAGGUUUCGACAACAAGUACAAUGUUUGCAUGUUUGAGGAUCUCUACAUGACAAAGGAGGGUCUUUUCAAACUCCGGUUCGACGCGUGGAAGCUGGAGAUCGAUGACUCUGACCCUGAACACCCAGAAGAAAUCUGGGUCAAUGUCGCUCGCACCUGGUCUAGUGUCUUCGAGGUGUUUCCCAGCAAGAAAUAUCCAGGAAGACCAGGGGCUACGGCAUUCAACCACGACAUGCACAACCAGGGUAUUAAAAUCUCUAUUCGUAAGGAUUCGGCCGCGCUGAUGACGAGGAAGCGGAACCAGCAAGUAGCCGCGAAUGCAGCUUUACUGCAUGGCGAGGAGGACGAGGAGGAUGGCGACGAUAAUCAGGGUCCCCCAGCGCAAAAACAAAAGUUUUCUUGCCGAGGUGCCUCAUCAAAACAUGGCGAAAGAGGCAGUACGAGCCCCAAUCGCUUUCAAUACCCAAUAGGUACAUGGGGAUACCUUAAGUCCCCGCCUAUACCUAGCAAGUCUGAGCUAGCACGCCAGAACGGCGGCUGGACACGCGGCACUAACGGGCUUAUACCACCGCCUCGAGUCGCGCCAUCUCCAGUCAAUACAACAUGGUGGUCUGGAAACCCUGGAGCCGCGCCAUACCAAGUCUUUCCGGCCAUCUCUACGUUUCAGGGUAGCGCAAUUCCUGCAGUCGCAUUGCCCUGGGGCCAGCCAGGUUGCUCAACCCACGACGCUCCCACAAUGAGCCCUGUUCAACCACCCCAUCCACCGAGCGCGGGGCUAGAGGGAGGCGUUUCGGCCCACAACAAUGUUCGUAGUCCGCUACCCUAUCGACCAGCACAGAUGUCGCAACCAGCUGGCACGAAGAACAACCAGGACCUGGGCUAUGGGAAUUCAGCGUAUUUCCAAGUGGAACAGACCUCGGCAUCUUCAAGUGCUCAAUCCGCGUCAGCAUUACAGGACUAUGGGUUUGACUCUAAAGGAUCCAAGGCUUUCAGUAAUGAUAUGCCGAUUCCUACGGUCGAACCCGAGGAAGACACCUACGGCCAGCCGGUUGACGGCCAACCAUCCAACGAAACUCAAGAACCUGACGAGUCGGACCUAUUCGGGACUUCAGACAUCGAGGACUUCCCACAGAAGCUAUCAUUUCGCAAAGGCAAAGAAAAAGCAAUGGUGCCUCUGGACUGGUGA